AUGAUUGGAAUCCCAGAUAUUAUUCUUCUUAUAGUUCUAAUUUCUCAAAUCUCCUCGCAAGAUCUAUUAUCAGAAGUUGAGAUUCUGAAGCGAGCUCUAGAUGAAUAUUCAUCAUGGUCAUUCUAUUCAAAUUCAUCGGAAAUCAUCAGAAUUCUUUGUCCAAAAACAAAUUCCGAAAGACAGGAAAUAUGGAAAGUCUACAAUUCAAAAUAUUCCGAAGAUUUGAUAAAAUCCCUCGAAAAUAAGCUAAGUGGAGCCUUCCGAACUUUUAUGGUAGCUUUGAUGUUGAAACCAGCAGAUUAUGAUGCUAAACAAUUAUUCGAGGCUAUGAAAGGUGCUGGGACUACUGAAGAAAUAUUGAUUGAGAUCUUGGUGACUAGAAAUAAUCAGGAGAUUCAGGAGAUCAAGAAAGUGUUUCAAAACACUUAUAAUUCUUCUCUGGAAGAUGCUAUAAUUGGUGAAACUUCUGGAAGUGUUCAGAAUAUUUUCCUAGCGAUGUUGAAUAUCCAGAGAGACCCCUUGAAUUAUACAAAUCCUGAAGAAGCUAGAAAACUUGCUGAAACUUUGAAAAGAUCUAUGGGAAUUAUAUUUCCUGAUUAUGAUGAGAUUUAUAAGAUUCUCUUGGGGCAGAACUUCGGGCAACUUAGAUUGGUUCUGGAUGAAUAUGAAAAAUUAAAUAUAAUUCAUCCUUUGACAGUUGAGAAGGAUUUUCAUAUGAAUUUUCAUGGCUAUCAUUAUAAGACUUUGAAGGCACUUUUGAGAUUUAUAAGGAAUCCGGCAGGGUAUUUUACGGAUAUUUUUUACAAAGGAAGUGGAAGUGAGUUUUCCUUAUAUUCUAAAUACUGAAAAUCCCUUUUUUUUUACUAAAUUCGAAUUUUCAGUGAUUUCUACUGACAAAGAUCUUCUGAUUCGAACAAUUGUGAGCCGGGCUGAAGUUGAUUUACCCGAAAUUGUGCGCGAAUUCAAGGGAAAAUAUCGUUUUUUGGGAUUUUUCAGGGAACAGUUUAUGGGGGAGUUGGAAGAUGCGAUGAUAGCGUUUGUUGAAUCGAAAUUGUAA